GACACGAUAGAAAGAAUAUAUGUUGGUGAUGCAUAUGGAGAUAUUCCCCGAGGAAUUUUUAUAAUCAGAGGUGAAAACGUUGUCUUGUUAGGGGAAAUUGAUCUUGACAAAGAAGAUGAAUUACCUCUCAGACAGGUGCCUGUUGAGGAAAUUUUGCAGGCACAACGUGGGGAAAUGGAAGAACGGCAAAAGCGUGAAAAACUCAAGAAUAAAUUGCUACACGAUCAAGGAUUUAGCGUGGAUUUCACCGAGACAGAUUUAUAUUGA